UCCCGCCCCUCCCCCACCCCCUUCUCCAGGGGGGGUUCCCCUCCCCCACUAUCGCGACAUCCCCCCCCCCCAUCGCGACAUCGCCCCUCCCCCUCCAUGGACAUGUUGGACCCCGGGCUGGACUCGGCCGCCGCCUCCGCUGCGCCCAGCCAGGAGAAGCCGCAGGAGGCCGAGGAGGGAGCGGAGCUGCAGGAGGGUGAGGCCCCCCCCGCCGAGGGCGCCGUCGCCGUCGCCGCCGUGCCGGGACCCCCCGGGGGCUUCGCCGAGGGGGGGCUCCAGUACCAGUUCAGGAGCGAGAGCAACGGCGGCCAGGUGACCUACCGGGUGGUGCAGGUGACGGAGGCGCCGCUCGAUGCCCCCGAGGCCGCGGCCGUCGGCGUCGUCUCCUCCUUCGCCGGGACCCCCCAGGUGCUGCAGAACCCCUUCAGCAACGGCGGCAGCCCCGGCGAGGGCGGGGCCGAGGCGCGGCUCACCUGGGGGGGGGAGGGGGCGGUGGCCGUGCAGGCCGACCCCGCCCUGGCACAGGCCGGAGGGCAGUUCUACGUGAUGAUGGCGCCGCAGGAGGUGCUGCAGGCGGGGGGAGGGGCCCCGCGCGGCCUCGCCCCCCACGGCCACGCCUACUCGCCGAAGCUGGAGGGGCCGCGGGUGCCACGGGACGAGCGACGGCGAGCGCAGCACAACGAGGUGGAGCGGCGGCGCCGGGACAAGAUCAACAAUUGGAUUGUGCAGCUCUCCAAAAUCAUCCCCGACUGCGGCGCCGACAGCGGCAAAUCGGGGGCGAGCAAGGGCGGGAUCCUGUCCAAGGCGUGCGAUUACGUGCGGGAGCUGCGCCAGAGCAACCAGCGCCUGCAGGAGACCUUCAAAGAGGCCGAGCGGCUGCAGAUGGACAACGACCUAUUGCGGCAGCAGGUGGAGGAGCUGAAAAACGAGAACGCGGUGCUCAGGGCGCAGCUGCAGCAGCGGGGCCUGGACGGGACCCCCGAGGGGACCCCGCAGUGACCGCGGCCCCUCCCCCACCCCCGGGGACCCCUCCCCCACCCCGCCCCUCCCCCACCCCCCCCCACCCCCCGUUUGUAAUUAAUUACCGUGAUUGGAAUUCA